GUUAAAGAGGCGUUAAAGUCAGCCAGAGGCUCGCUGGAGUUUCUAAACUCGUUUUCUCUCUGUUCUUCACUCACAGUCUGACUCCACAGCAGCUCACAGGCUGUGAAUUGGACUUUGGCAGUACCCACAACAGCGACCCGCUCCACCAUGAAUAACUACAGCGUGUCCUUGAUUGGACCUUCACCCUGGGGCUUCAGACUGCAGGGUGGCAAGGACUUCAGCAUGCCUCUCACCAUCUCCAGACUGACAGAAGGAGGAAAGGCAGCGAAAGCCAAGAUCAGCGUCGGGGACGUUGUGCUGUCGAUCGAUGGCAUUGCCACAGAGGGAAUGACACACCUGGAAGCCCAGAAUAAAAUCAAAGCCUGUAUGGGAAACCUGAACCUCUCAGUGCUGAGAUCUUCCAGUAUCACUAAAACAGAGACUUUGCAGGAGGAUCCACAGGAGAUCAUAAAGCCGGUGCCCAUCAGCCAAACGCCCGGGGCCUCCAUUGGCCCCGCCAGCAUUGCUUAUAAUAAGACAGCUCGGCCCUUCGGCGGAACGACUAACACCGUCAGAUCGGUCAGUCCCAAAGCCUCCAUCCCCUCCGCCUCGUCUGCCUUCACCCCAGCCGCUCCAUCCCAGCAGCCUGGCUCCGCCCCCAAACCCGCCUCUGGCCACUCCCCCUUCACUAACUCCUCCUCCACACCCUCCUCUGGCUCCUCCUCCCCAGCGAGAGUGCUGGCUCCGCCCCCGGCCCCCGCCGCCCCUCAUUCGUCCGUCUAUAACACGCCCAUCAACCUCUACUCCAAUGAGAACGUGUGCGAGGUGGCCUUGGGCCAGAGGCGUGGCCUGCUGGAGAGCAAAGCCACAGGGGAACAGCACAACGGAACCGCUCGUAAGCCCGUGCUGGAGCCGGAGGGGAAUCACGUCUCAGCUCUCAGUGAUGCCAGUAAGAAGCGUGUGAUCGAGGACACGGAGGACUGGCAUCCACGCACCGGCACGUCUCAGUCGCGCUCCUUCCGCAUCCUGGCACAGAUCACUGGCACAGAGAACGAGCAAGCUCAGGAGAACCAGCCGGGGAAGAACGAGGCCACAGAGGAGCUUCAGCCCAGUUCUAAUGCCACGUCUUCAGUCAAAACCAUGAGCAACGCGGCCGCUGGAGCCCCGAGGCAGGGCAACGGAGUCCCUCCAGCCGCAGCCAAGAGCUGGCAGUCGAGCAGUGCCGCAGGGUUUCCCAAAGCAGGUGCACCUGCGCCGCAGACGGGCCCCUCGAUCGGACGGGUCAGCAGCAAGGGCCCGGAUCGGCCCGCGCCUCAGGUUCACCCCAACGACCAGGACGAUUCGCUGGUGCAGAGAGCCGAACACAUCCCGGCAGGAACACGCACACCCAUGUGCGGCCACUGCAACAUGGUCAUCAGGUCAGGCAUCUGCAUCACCACACAUUACAUGUGCCAUUUAACCCACAUUCACCCACAUUCGCUAAGAUUCAACAAUUUGACGAUAUCUCUGGCUGUGGUCGAGACAAGAUCAUCAUCUUUCGACGCACCGCAGCAAGAGGAGGUUAUCACGGGGCAGACGGAAGUCAUCAACGCUCUGAAGCAAACCUGGCAUGUGUACUGCUUCCUGUGCACCGCCUGCCAGCAGCCCAUCCGCAACAACACCUUCCACCUGGAGGACGGACAGCCGUACUGCGAGACCGAUUACUACACCCUGUUCGGCACCAGCUGUCACGGAUGCGACUUCCCCAUCGAAGCGGGCGAUAAGUUCCUGGAGGUGCUGGGGUUCACCUGGCACGACACCUGCUUCGUCUGUACGGUGUGCAGCACGAGUCUGGAGGGUCAGACCUUCUUCUCCAAGAAAGACAAGCCCUUGUGCAAGAAGCACGCUCACACCGUCCAGUUCUGAUCUCACCGUGAAACAAACGCCUUGCUGGUCAUAUUUGACUUUUGUGAGAUUUAUUUUAGUGCAUGAAUGUUUAUGAGAAGAGAAUCAGAAACUGCUUCCCUGAAUAAGACUCUGUUUCAUGUUCUGGGUGUGUUUGUCUGUUUUUGAGCGAGUAUAUCAUGCGAUGCAGUGUUUUAUUGAGAUCUUUACCAUGAUUGAAAAUUAUCUUUACAUGCAAAAGAUAUUUCAUUUGUUAUUUGUAGCAUUACAGAAGAUCAUAUUCUAUUUUCCACAUGUAUUUAAAGAGCCAUGACUCUGUGCUAAUAUAUUUUUCACACUCAUGAGAUCAGUGUGAGUGCUGCAGUACAUCCAGCUCUCUUUAUGCAGGUAUAUUUUAUAUUUAUUGAGGCGCGACAGAAGAUUUCGAGGGCUUUGCGUGUAUUUUACUUUCAGUGCGGUGAUGUUUUAUGAGUUAUUUCUGUGCUCUUUUAUCUGUGUCAGGUUUGUGGGAUGUCUGAUUGAUUCUGUGCCUUUAUUUGUAUUAAUAUACAAAAAUGUUUCAUAUUUAGGCCUAAAGUAAUUCAGACUGUUUUCUAAUCAUUAGCACUCAUUUUGAAGCUAAUAAGGGUCGGUGGUUCAUGUGCAUCUUUAUUCUCUUUGUUUUAGUUGCCUGUAAUUCACUUCUUUAUUCUGAGAUGGGAUGAAAAAUAAAACAUACAUUAAUCAUA